AUUUCAGGAUUAACUCACCCUUCUGUCCAAGAUGGCUGGUUCAAGGAAGAAAUUCCUCUAUGGCCUGGACAAGCUACGUCUUUACAAGUGAAGAAAGUUCUUCAUGUGGACAAGAGUAAGUUCCAAGACGUCCUUCUCUUCGAGUCGGUGGCCCAUGGAAACGUUCUGGUGCUUGAUGGCGCAAUCCAAUGUGUGGAGAUCGACGAGUUUAGUUAUCAGGAAAUGAUUGCGCAUAUACCCCUUAAUUCUCAUCCGAACCCGGAGCAUUUCUUGGUCAUUGGUGGUGGAGACGGUGGUGUAUUACGAGAAGUUUUGAAGCAUCCUUCUGUCAAAACCGCUGUGCUAUGUGAUAUCGAUGAAGCAUUUCCCCGAGUUUCGAAAGAUUACCUUCCACACAUGGCUGUCGGCGUUAACGAUCCUCGUGUGACCCUCUUCAUCAGAGAUGGCUUCCAGGCCUUGAGAGAUCAAGUCGGAAAAUUUGAUGUCAUCAUCACUGAUAGUUCCGAUCCAAACGAAGGUCCAGCACAAACAUUGUUUGGAAUGCCGUAUUUCCAAUUUAUGAAGAAUGCCUUGAGACCAAACGGUUCGAUUUCAACCCAGGGAGAGUGCAUCUGGUUGCCCUUACCUCUCAUCCACUCGUUGAUCAAAGGACCAAAGGACCUCUUCCCACAAGUCGACUACGCUUACACUUCGAUUUCGACCUACCCCAGUGGAACCAUCGGCUUCGUCGUGUGCUCUCUGGACAAAGACCGAAACUUAAAGAAGCCACUCCGACAGGUCCGCAACACUCGAUACUACAACAAGCGCGUAGAUGAGGCUGCUUUUGUUUUACCCGAGUUCGCCCGUGCUACCAUC